AGCCUCCUCGGAACCGUGAAGCUGACACCGAGAAGGACAUAGAGCACUGUGACUUUGUUAGGCAGUGGUGGGAGCAGGAACAGGAAGUGGAGCUGCACCAGGACAUCACCCCUCUCCCUGGCCCUGGGGGUUUGGUGAGCUCCCCCUGCCUGCCUGGCUCCAGGACACAUUCCUGCAGGGUCCCACCACCCAGCCAUGCUGCACUUCCUCUGGGAGAGUAUCUCCUUCCAGAUGCUCUUUGUCUUCCUCGUGGUCUUCCUCCUCGUCGCAGACUACAUGAAGCACAGAAAGCCAAAGGACUUCCCUCCCACCCCGUUCUACCUCCCCAUCCUGGGACAUACAUACCUGCUGAACUUUAAAAAUCCCGUAAAAGCAGUACAGACGGUCACUGAAAAAUACGGGGACAUUUUCGGCAUGGAGAUGGGCAGCCAAACGGUUGUGUGUGUAAAUGGGAUGCGGUUGGUUAAGGAAGUUCUUGUAAACCAGGGGGAAAACUUCAUGGAUCGCCCAAUACUUCCUAUUAACAGGGAGAUAUUCACAGACACUGGACUGGUCUCCUCCAGUGGGCACCUGUGGAAGCAGCAGAGGAGGUUUGCCUUGAGCACCCUCCGAAACUUUGGCCUGGGGAAGAGGAGCCUGGAGGAGCGUAUCCAGGAGGAGUGCCGGUUCCUCGUGGAUGAUUUUCGGGAUGAGCAGGGGAAUCCUUUCUGCCCUCACCUGAAAAUCAAUAAUGCUGUUUCAAACAUCAUCUGCUCCCUCAUCUUUGGCAAUCGGUUUGACUACCAUGAUGAGGACUUCCAGAGACUGCUGAGGCUGAUGGAUGAGACAGUUAUCCUCAAUGGCUCCAUCAUGGCCCAGCUGUACAACCAGUUCCCAUCUAUACUAAACUACUUACCGGGGUCGCACCAAACCAUUUUUAAAAACUGCAAGUUGAUGAAACAGUUUGUCCAAGAGAAGAUCAACAAACACAAAGAGGACAGGAACCCCUCAGAGAGCCGGGAUUUCAUUGACAGCUACCUGGAGGAGAUAGACAAGGACGAAGGCGAGGGCAUUUUCCAGGAAGAAAACCUUGUGGCAUGCACACUCGACCUGCUGUUUGCUGGGACAGAGACCACCUCCACAACCAUCCGCUGGGGGCUGCUGUUUAUGACCACGUAUCCAGAAAUUCAAGCCCGUGUGCAGUCAGAGAUUGAUGCAGUGAUCGGGCAGGCGCGGCCGCCGGCGCUGGAGGACAGGAACAACAUGCCCUACACCAAUGCUGUCAUCCAUGAGGUGCAGAGGAAAGGCAACAUCAUCCCCUUCAAUGUGCCAAGGCAGACAACAAAGGACGCGGUCUUGGAUGGCUACUGCAUACCAAAGGGCACUAUUGUGGUUACAAAUUUAACCUCCGUGAUGUUCGACAAGAAUGAGUGGGAAACCCCUGACACUUUUAACCCUGAGCAUUUCCUGAAGGAUGGUCAGUUCCUGAAAAGGGAAUAUUUUGUGCCAUUUUCAGCAGGGAAACGUGCCUGCCUGGGUGAAGUGCUGGCCCGCUCUGAGCUGUUCCUCUUCUUCACCUCUCUGCUCCAGAAAUUCACCUUCCAGGCACCCCCAGGCACCACACUCAGCCUCCAGCCCAAGCUGGGCAUGACGAUGGCCCCAGAGCCCUACAAGAUCUGUGCAGUACCUCGGUAGGGAAGCCAUGGCCACUAUCCUCAUGGGAAGAACAUCCCUCUGGCAGGGAUGUACAAAAUGAGCCCUUGGCCACUCCCCUGGCUGGUGGUGGCAACGACCUGGCUCCUGCCAGAGGCUGAGCCAUUUCUUUUGAUUAUUUACAGCAACAGCAAAAUAAUUUCUUUUGCAAGCUGACCUUGCUCUCUGCCUCCCAUGAGAAGGGUGACCAGCCUGGGAUCUGCCAGGGCACUGUUAGGCUCACAGGAUGCACUGUGUAUCAAGGAGGCUUGAGGCUUUCCCAAUUUUAUAGCAGAUGGCUGUGCACUGGGCAGGUACCAGCCCCUGCUUCAGAGCUUUAAUUCAGGGAGCUACUGACAAUUCUUUUUGAUUUUGUUUUCCUUGGCAAAUAAUCUGUUAAAGUCCCGAGAACAUCUCUUUUGCAUGCAUCAAUAAAUCCUUUCCA